CUAUUUUUCAGCUAUAUUAAUGUUCUCAAACAAAGAAAUGGAUUUCUUAAACUCAACUGAUCAAAAUUUGACCUCAGAAGAACUAUUAGACAGAAUGCCAUCCAAGAUUCUGGUGUCCCUCACUCUCUCUGGGCUGGCGCUGAUGACCACCAUCAUCAACUCUCUUGUGAUCGCUGCAAUUAUUGUGACCCGGAAGCUGCACCACCCAGCCAACUAUUUAAUUUGCUCCCUGGCAGUUACAGAUUUUCUUGUAGCUGUCCUGGUGAUGCCUUUCAGCAUCGUGUACAUUGUGAAAGAGAGCUGGAUUAUGGGGCAAGUGGUCUGUGACAUUUGGCUAAGCGUUGACAUUACAUGCUGCACGUGCUCCAUCUUGCACCUCUCUGCUAUAGCUUUGGAUCGGUAUCGGGCAAUCACAGAUGCUGUCGAGUAUGCCAGGAAAAGGACUCCCAAGAAUGCUGGCAUUAUGAUUACAGUAGUUUGGAUUAUAUCUGUUUUUAUCUCUAUGCCUCCUCUGUUCUGGAGGCACCAAGGAACUAGUAGAGAUGAUGAAUGCAUCAUCAAACACGACCACAUUGUUUCCACUAUUUACUCAACAUUUGGAGCUUUCUACAUCCCAUUGACAUUGAUUUUGAUCCUCUACUACAAAAUAUAUAAAGCAGCAAAGACGUUAUACCACAAGAGGCAAGCCAGUAGGAUUGUCAAGGAGGAGCUUAAUGGUCAAGUUCUUUCGGAGAGUGGUGAGAAAAGCACCAGACUGGUCUCCACAACCUACAUGCUGGAAAAGUCUUUAUCUGAUCCAUCAACAGACUUUGAUAAAAUUCAUAGCACAAUGAAAAGUCCCAGGUCUGAAUUCAAGCAUGAGAAAUCUUGGAGAAGGCAAAAGAUCUCAGGAACAAGAGAACGCAAAGCAGCCACUACCCUGGGAUUAAUUUUGGGUGCAUUUGUCAUAUGUUGGCUUCCUUUUUUUGUAAAAGAAUUGGUUGUUAAUGUCUGUGAAAAAUGUAAAAUUUCUGAAGAAAUGUCAAAUUUUUUGACAUGGCUUGGAUAUCUCAAUUCUCUUAUAAAUCCACUGAUUUAUACAAUCUUUAAUGAAGAUUUCAAGAAAGCAUUCCAAAAACUUGUACGAUGUCAAUGUUAGUUUUAAAAAGAUUUAUUAUUAAAAGGUUGUGAUUAUUUUUUUGAGGUGAAGUAACUAAGUGAAUGCUAAAUGAUAAAGCAUUUAAACUUUUAGGAGGAAAUAAAUUAAAACUGCUAAAAUGAUAAGACUAGUUUAUAUUUUAAUAGCAACAGGAAUCUUAAAUUUAUUGAUAUAAAGAUAUUACUUUUGGCCAUCAUUUUAGAGUACUCAAAAUUAGAAAAUAAUUUAUUGUUUAUAAGCAGUAUUUUGCCUAUGCAAUAUUCCUAAAAAGCUAACUGGAAAUAUAUAUAUAUAUAAUUAAUAAUAGUAGUUUUCCAGAUUUAUAUCUUACAAAAAUUACAGAAGUGUUCAAUUAACAACAUACCUCCUUUCAUAAUGUCUAUAGAACCCUACUGUUUUAUUAUAUAAUUCAAUUAUUUUAUUAAAAAUAUAUAAUUCACCACAAAGCACAUCUUUCUCCUACCUAGCCACUCUUGUAACCUGUCCAUCUUACCAUGGGCAAUAGAAUGGGAGGAAAGGAGUUAUCAAGACUCUUAGUAUGACUGGAGGAAAUGUAAAAGUCAGAGAUAAAGAAUGUCUCUGUAUUUAAAUAGUAGCGUAAUCAUAAAGUGAGUUAGGGACUACAAAAUAAUUUUAGAUACCGAACUUAUGCAUAUUUAACAUAUUAUUUUGUUUCAUGUGAAUUCCUAGAGUAGUUGUAAUUA